AUGUCUUCCGAUCAAAAGGCCAGCUCUCUCCCAGCUCCAAACAGUGUGCAGCCAACCAAAGGCCCAAAAUACAAACGCAAACGCCUGUUGUGGAUCCUUCUCGGAACCUUUUUCCUCGUCGCCAUAGUGGUUGUCGUUGUCUGUCUCUCAGUCUUGCUCCCUAAAAAGUUUAAGCACGACAACAACGAUGAUGGAAGCAGCCAUAACACCGGAGUAAGUACUACUCAGGGGAAUGACACCCUUCCUAUGGAUCCCGAUGGAGGCACUUACAACGAAGGCGGUCCUCACAAUGAAACUGGCACUCAUACCGCGAGUGUCACUCCGACCGGUGAUGUUCCGCACCAGCCAAGUGCUACUUCUAAUGGGGAGGACUCUCAGCGGCCAACUGCAGUUGUCAAUGUAACUGACACACAGCCCGUACAGGGAGGAAGCCAGUCCCAGGAUGGAGAAUGCCAUGUUGUCAGCAAAGUAUCUCACACCUUCUAUGGAUAUCCCGACAACGACCCUCCGGGUUCAGACAUCUCGGAAGACUGUGGCCGUGGCAUGGCGGCUGGCGGCAUCGGCACCCACGAGAAUCCGCUCACCUUCGCCACGGCACCUGGCGAAUUCGACAGAUGCGAGACUGUCUACUCGCCGUACCUACAGAAAUAUCUGAUCAACGAAGACUAUUGCGAACAGUGCACUAAAGAUUGGAAGAGCCAUAUCUGGCAUGUCGACGUGUGGUUGGGAGGCAACUCAACCACCUACGGCACGGAGCAGCUGAAAUGCGAGAAUAGUCUGACUUCAGAUGAAGAGAGCCAGGUCGUGGUCAAGAACCCAAGCAGUACUCUGCCUGUUGAUCUUACCUCGUUCUAUCUGGGCGGCAACUCGGUUUGCAGCCUGGAUCACAUUUAUCCGGAUUACGAUACCAAAGACUAUUGCUAA